AUGUCAGGAAAUGGAACAAAGGUCCCCACGAGUCUGUGUGUGUGUGUGUGUGUGUGUGUGUAUGUAUCUGUCUGUGGUGUGUGUGUGGCCCUCCAGGUUCCGGCCGUGGUCCCCAGCUCCGCCCCGGUUCUGGCCGGCCUCUCCAUCCUCCGGCUGGGCUCCAACCGCCUGACGCGCCUCCCUGACGGCGCCUUCGCCGCCUGUCCCGCUCUGACUGAACUCUACCUGCAGAACAACUUCUUGGCGUCUCUGACCGACCGCAGCUUCUCCGGGCUCAGCGUGUUGGAGAUCCUGGACCUGACGGCCAAUCGCAUCUCCAUCCUUCCUGCUCUCAUGCUCCACCCGCUGUCAGCCAUAGAAACCCUCUACCUGGAGAGCAACCAGAUCCAGGUGAUGCCUGACGACUGGUUCAGCCAGAAGGAGGACGUGCCGUACCUGUACCUGUCUCUCAACCCCUGGGCCUGCUCCUGUUCCCUCGGUUACCUCCGCAGAUACCUGGACGACUUUGGGCUCAACAUCUACGUCCGAGACGGCCCUCUCAUCAAGAACGGCGUGGACAGCGUGGUGUGCGACUCUCCGCGGCACCACCAGGGGAUACCUGUAGUGACUCUGGAAGAGUCCGAUCUCUGCUCAGCAGACGGAGAACCAGAACCGCUUGGAGACUUCUACCUGCCAGUGACCUCACUUCCUUCUGACCCGACAACUCCAGCUGCUUCAGUCCAACCGUCCAGCACAGAAACUCCAGCUGCAGCUCCUCAACCCACGACCCCUGACCUCACGACUGUGUCUGAAGAGUGGGCCUCAUUCCGCCACAGAGUCACAUGGUCCUGGUACCAGACCUUCACCAGUCUGACGCAACGAACCCAUCACUCCAGCUCAGCGAUGCAAACAGAAAGUUUAUCAGAUGGCCCGUUUAAUCGGACCGCACACCCGACUACUGAUGGUCCCCUAACUACUGAAGUCCCCUUAACUACUGAAGUCCCCAUAACUACUGAAGUUCCCAUAACUACUGAAGUCCCCAUAACUACUGAAGUCCCCAUAACUACUGAAGUUCCCUUAACUACUGAAGUUCCUCUAACUACUGAAUUUCCUCUAGUUUCAGUUGUCAAUGCCUCUCUGGUUCCAGAUGUUCCUACCAGCAGGGGGCAGCAUGUUACUGUGGUUCCUGCCAGCAGGGGGCAGCAUGUUACUGUGGUUCCUGCCAGCAGGGCGGCGGUGUUGUGCCUCUGGCUGUCUGCAGGCUGCCUGCUGCUCUGCGCGGCGUCGGCGGUGUUGGUCCUGCUGACUCUGCUGAGGUUCUUCUUCUGCUACCAGAAGCUCUACAAGCCGCUGAGGCUAAUGCUAGCAAGGAGGGCGAAGGCCAGGGAAGGCGCGGCUCUGCUCAGGAAGGAGGAGGAGGCAGAUGGAGGAGUGGUGGCGCUGUACCGCUCCCUGCUGUUUGUCCACAGAGAGGGAGGAGGCGCAGCAGGGAGGGAGGAGGAUGGGGGAGGACAGACGGUUACUCUGAAGCCAGCAGGAGUCGGGGGAGAGAGGGAGGACAGAGGAGUGUACAGGAGGAGCAUGUACCGCCUGGUCAGCAGAGAGGAGGAGCUGGAGGGAUGGAGGGAGGUGCUGGAGGAGUGCCGGGUCUCUGCGGAGGAUGGAGGCAGGAAGAGAGGGAGCAGGAGGGAGGAGGAGGCAGCAGGAGGAGUCUCCAGGAAACGCUACAGUGUGAUUCUGAGGGAGGAGCGGGAGGAGGUAGGGGGAGGGAGAGAGGAGCUGGACUGGGUGGUGGGAGGAUGGGAGGCGGGCCGAGGAGCGGAGGAGGGGCCGAGGAGCAGCUGGGGGGAGUGGCUGGCUGGAUAUUUACCCAGCAUGCCUUGGGGCCUGGCUGCUCCUCCUGAGGAGGCGGCAGCAGCAAAGUGAGGAGUCGGCGCUGGUUUCCUGUUGCUCUGCUGGUUCCUCUCCCAGUUACAGCUGUUCUCAUUAUUUUAGCCACAUUAGCAGAUGAAGGCGCUACAUUAGGCCCACUGUCCCUGACCUCUGACCUUCAGUGACCUUCAUGUCUCUACGUCUCUAUGCAGAUGACGCCGUGUUUCUUUUAGCUGAAACCAGAACCUGUAGAUGAUCUGCAGGCUUCACUUCUCCUCAGGGACCAGUCAUCACCACAGCUUCCACUGAAGUACAGCAUCGCUGCUUUGACUGCCGUUACCAUGGAAACAGCCUGUACUAAAUAAACCUUAACUGAAACC